CCACGAGCUCGCGGGCUGCGCCUCGGGCUCCGAGAGGCUCUGAGCCGCGCCGCCUGCGGACGUCGACUUCGCCGAGCCGCGAGCCGCAGGCAGCAACCCCAGGAGGGCAGCAGGAGGAGGUGGCCGCAGCGGCUGCGCCUCCCGGAGGGCCAUGUGGCCGGCCGGCGCGGGCACCAGGCUGCCCUGUCCCCGGGACUCGGCGCUCCGGCGCGCGGCUUUCUCCGGGAACCUCACGGCCCUGCCUGCGCACCUCGUGCCCGCCGGCCGCAGCGUGCGGGUCUUCAUCAGCGCCAACCCUGAAGAUACAGGAGCAGAAAGACAGGCACUACGAGAAAAUGUGUAUCCUAAACUGAGAGAAUUCUGCAGAGAAAACUAUGGACUGGAAUUUCAGGUCAUAGAUCUGUACUGGGGAGUGGAUGAAGAUGAGUGGGACAGCCCCGAGCUCCAGAAGACACGCAUGAAGCUGCUAGAGGAUUGCUUGAAAACUUCUGCAGGUCCAUGUUUUGUUGGACUAUUAGGUGAAAAAUAUGGGAACAUCCGAAUUCCCGGAGAAGUUGAAGCCUCGGAGUUUGAGAUGAUUUUGGAUGCUGCCAUCGAGGCGAAGUUGGAGACUAAGUUACUGGAAGAAUGGUACUGUCGGGAUGAGAACUCAGUGCCAGCAGCUUAUUACCUCAGACCCAAAUCGGAAAUGCUGAAAAGCAAUAAAAAUGCAACAGAGCCUCCUAGCAACGCUGAAAAUGAGAAGCCGUGGCAAGAGAUAUCAGAUGAGAUUAAGAUGAUAUUUAAGGCCGCAGUCAAAUUGUUACAUGAAAAGGGUAAAAUGAAACACAGCCAAGCUAAGAGGUACCUGUUCUCAGCUAUUGAGGAUGAGUUUGACUUUGCUCUAGGCAAGCAGACACCAGCAUUCCUAAAGAAGUGUGUUUGCUACAUUAGGAAAAUUGCUAACAUUGAGCGCUUUGUGAAAAUCCCAGAGAUGGGGAAAUACAUGGAUAUAACUGGAACAGAACCAAGGAUUAUUCGUGACCCAGAAGCUCAAGAGAAGCUGAUCAAACUCAGGGAUGAAUUUAUUCCUACCAUAGUUGCAUCUUCUAAUCUGAGAGUAUACACAUCUGUUACUCAUUGUGACAUGAAACUGGGCUAUUCUCAAGAAAUAGAAAAUCAUUACAUAGAAGGACUUGGUAAGCAAUUUUAUGAGGACAUGAUUGAUAUAAUUCAGGCAACGGUACAACAAAAUUUUGACACGGAAACUGAUACACUCUACGAUGAGAUCCUGCAGCAUUCGUCGCUUUGUAAAACAUACGCCUCCUUCUAUGAGUACAAAUGUGAGGCAUUGAACAUUGUGCAUAAAUACAUCCUUCCAAGCAAGAUAGGGCACAUCAACCCUCUUAUUAUAUAUGGUGGACCAUGCACUGGAAAGACACUUCUGCUAGCCGAAGUAGCAAAGAAGGCUUAUGGCUGGCUGCAUGAAGACACAGGACCAGAAUCUGACCCAGUAAUAGUUGUGAGAUUUCUCGGAACCACGGACAUGAGCACUGACCUUAGAACUCUCCUUCUAAGUGUUUGUGAACAAUUGGCAGUCAACUACCGGUGUCUGGUUCAGAGCUACCCUAAGAAGAUCCAUGACCUCUGUGACUUAUUUAUAAACCUUUUGAAUGAGUCCUCACUGCAGAGACCUCUGGUAAUAAUAUUCGAUGCCCUAGAGCAACUCUCAGAGAAUGAUGAUGCCAGGAAGCUCUGGUGGCUCCCAGCUCACCUUCCCCGCUUUGUGCGGAUAGUCCUCUCCACACUGCCCAACAAACAUGGGAUCCUACAGAAACUAAGGUGCCUUAUCCAUGAAGAAGACAACUACAUCGAGCUCAUUCCCCGGGACAGGAAGAUGUGCAGCCAGGUCCUCAAACACCAGCUGCUGCGGGUCAAAAGGAAGGUCACAUCAGGCCAGCAGAUUUAUGUGAACAACGCAUUCUCCAAGUGCACGUUGCCAAUGUUUGUGAACCUGACCUUCAGGGAGGUGAGACAUUGGCGAUCUCAUAAAGACGUCGAUGAAUCCUCCCUCUGUGUCACCGUUCAUGAAAGUAUAGAGCAGUUAUUUUGGUCCCUAGAGAAGAAGUGUGGUCCAAAACUGGUCUCUAGGGCUCUUGGUUACAUUACCAUGGCCAAAAUGGGUUUGAGUGAAAUGGAACUGGAGGACGUGUUAGCCCUAGACAAUGGUGUCAUGAACGAGCUCAAUGAAAACAGCAAGCCCAGCAAUCCCCUGAGGGUACCUUAUCUGUACAUCGCGAGACUGAAGGAGGGUCUCACUGGGUACUUAAUAGAAAGGCACGUGAAAAAUGUCACACUCCUGGUCUGGGCCAACAGACAUCUGCAGCUUAUAGCCCAGAAGCUUUAUCUGCAACAGGACAGUGACCUGCGUGAAAUGCAUACCAUCCUGGCAGAUUAUUUUCUGGGGGUCUGGUCAGGGGGCAGGAGGAAAGCUUUCUGCCUUGAAGACUCCUACUUGAAUGGCUGCCUUGACUUGGAAAGUAGAAGCGUACUUGAGGAAGAAAAACACUUCAUGGAGCAAGCCUCCUUUGACAGACAGGCUCCAGACCAGCCCUGGGUUUUCCAGUGUAAUCCACUGGAACCCGACAUCUUUUUCGUCAAUCACCGGAAGAUGUCUGAGCUUUUGCACCACCUGACAAGGUGUGGAAAAACUGAUGACCUACUUUAUGGCAUCAUCAUGAAUUUCAGCUGGCUUUAUACCAUGAUCAAAAUUGGCCAGUUUGACAAAGUGCUUUCAGAUAUCGAGCUGGCUUAUAAUUAUUCUCAAGAGAAGGAGCUAAAAUUCCUGGCCAGCACCCUUCGUGGCAUCAAAAACAAGGUCAUUGCAUUCCCUGGCUCCCUGUCAGCAGAGCUGCAGCAAAGACUGCUGCCUGUUAUAAGUUCCCUGCCCAAACUUAGACACCUUCUUUUAGAAUGUGACAAAGACGGGCCCAAGUAUUGCUCCAUUGUGCCACUGCAUUCAUCCAUGGAUGUGACAUAUAGUCCCGAGCGUCUUCCCUUAUCAUCCAGUCAUCUGCAUGUCACAGAGAUUCUGCCCACCUGCAAUCCUAGUACUGUCCUCACAGCUCUAGAAAAUGGUUCCAUUAGUACAUGGGAUGUAGAAACUCGCCAACUUCUCAGGCAAAUUACUACAGCCCAGUCUGUCAUCCUAGGCAUGAAGCUCACAAGUGAUGAAAAGUACCUUGUGGUUGCUACAACAAAUAACACCUUGCUGAUUUAUGACAAUGUCAAUUCUUGUCUCCUUUCUGAAGUAGAAAUCAAAGGAACCAAGCAUGGAAGCAGCUCUACCUACAUCAAUGGAUUUACACUGUCUGUCAACCAUGCCCUUGCCUGGCUUGAGGCUAGCAAAGAUGUCACUGUCAUUGAUCUGCUCUAUGGAUGGCCCCUUUACCAGUUCCACUGCUGGUAUGAAGUGACCUGUGUUCAGUGCUCGCUCGAUGGGGUGCAUGCUUUCUGUGGACAGUAUCUAAACACUACCACCAUAUUUCAUUUAGGGAGUGGAGAAAAGUUAUGUACGGUGACAUCUGAGUUUUCAGGUGGGUUUGUGAAGUUUCUUCUUAUUUUGGACACAGCUCAAGAGAUGGUAAUGGUAGACAGUGAGGGAAGUCUUUCUGUUUGGAACACUGAAGACAUUUCCAACCCCCAGUUGACCGAUGACUUUGACUGUCGGAGAGAAGACAGCGAAGUGGUCACCAUUGAACUUUCAGAGGACCAAAGUGCAAUUCUGAUUUGUAAGGCUCUCAGCAUUGAACUCUUAGAUACUGGCAUGUGGAAGGUGGCUGAAAAGUUCAGAGCCAAGCACAAUGAACGCUUUAUAUCUGCUGUGCUGUCCAAAAAUGGAGACUGCAUCAUUGCUACCAUGGAGAAUACCCAAGCUGUGUUCUUCUGGAGGCGGGACACAGGACAAUGCAUGGCAAGCCUACAGGAAGUCUCAGGUACCAUAGUUAAAUUGGUGAAAUCCAGUCACCACAAUAUGUUACUGUCGUUAUCAACUAGUGGUGUGCUUUCUAUUUGGGAUGUAGAUAUAAUCACAGCUAUGUCCAACAUAGAUAAGACUGGAAAACCCAUUCAAAGCUUGGUGUUGCCUGCCAGAGGGGAAAUAAUUUACUCACUUGAUGGCUCUGAUUGUGUUCAUAAGUGGAACUUCAGCAGUGGGUUCAUCGAAGCAGUAUUUAAGCAUGAAGGAAUAGUUGAACACUGUGUGUUAACAUCUGCUGGAGACAUAAUGGUGACCUCAGAUGACAAAAGCAGCCAAUAUGUCUGGCACACCAACAGUGGAGAAAACCUCUUCCGAAUCAAUGGGCAGAGAAUCUCUCAGCUGCUAAUUACACACAAUGACCAGUUUGUGGUUUCCCUCUGUGAGGAAAAUGCCUCCAGAGUUUGGAGACUAGCCACGGGCCACAGGGUCUGCAACAUCCUAGCCACUUUGCAGAAUGCCUUUAUUACCUCGGCAAACACCUUUGUGGUGGGAAUGACUAAAAGCAAGGUGUUGGCCGUCAGUCUUUGGACAGGAAGUAUCACCAAGAAAUUCUGCUGCGAAGACGGUACUACCAUUGUGAAUUUUAAACUGAUCCCUGACUGUCCUGACAUCAUCGUGUUUAUCACAUCGGCUGAGACUGUCAACAUCUGGAGCCUGACAGAUGAGGUGAUCUGUCGACGUGUGCAACUUCCAAACAACUUCUUGAAAAAUCUAGAGGAUUUUGAAAUUUCUCCCAAUGGAAAGCUAGGCAUUAUAUCUAGGGGAGAUGAAAAUAUCAACGUGCUAGACUUACACAGUGGUAAACUACGGGUGGUUCAUGCCUCUGGAGUCAUCUGGAGGCAGAGGUUGUCCCGCGAUGGUCGCUACCUGGUAUAUAUUUGUUUCCGGAAUGGGGAGGAGGAGGAUGAAAACGGUGCAAUAUCCAGCUUAAUUGUAAUGAGGCUGGCAGAUGGCAAAAAUAUCGGUGCUUGUUCCCUGUACAAAACACCAACUUUCCUUGCACUCUCUCAGAGGCACCUGAACAUCAUUGUGGGAUUUGACGAUGGGAGUAUAGGGAUAUACACGGUAGUGGACCGUGUAGAUGCUGCGCUGAAGAUUAAGAUCGCCACUUCAAACAGCAGACAGAUUUUCAACAGUGCAACCCAGACAUCCAGACCAAAGUCUAACAGUUACUGUUUUAAAGUGUCUGUGGAUUGCUUAUGGAGAGAGUCCACUGAGGUCUUUGCAAGAGACAGUCCCAUCACAGUAAGUGACUCUUCAGAGUCCAAUGAAGCAACACCCUCGAAGAAACACAACUCUUGUUAUGACCGGGUGUGCGCUGCUCUCGAACCCAGGGGCCACAGCUACAGCCCUGAUAACUGACAAAAUAUUUAUCCUGCUCCAUGGAAAUAUGUGAUCCACAUACAUAAGGAAAAAUGAAGAGUGUCUUCUGGAUCACAAAUGAUAAAGUACUCAUUUGUUUAGAAGACAGCAGAGAUGCUGGGAUUAUAGUGUUUUAUUAAUGUAUUCAUAAUGCACAGAAAUAUGAAAUGAGUUUUGAGUGCUGUCUUUUUUUUAGAAAAUUUCUCAAAGUGGUACAUAAAUGGCUAUUUCACCUGGAAGAGAGAGGAUAGAAGGUUUUAAAAUUAGCUGUGUGGUAAGAAGCAGUACAAUUGAUGUUCUUGGUUCAGAUGAGAGAGGCUACAGUCACAUGUAGACUGUUUGGACUAGCAUUAGUUCUACAAAAAACAGUUGAAAUCAUGGAAAUAAUAGAGCUGUUGGACUUCAAAUGAUUGUGUGACAAGUAAAACACAGCCUUAAUCUCUCUUUACAUUUUCUGAUCCAGACAACUGUGUAAACAAACCUAGUCUGCAGAGGAGAGGUCUAACGGUGCAAAAUCAUGUAACAAAAAUGCCCAAAUAUAUUCCCAGGAAACACGAAGUGUGAGACCAUGAACUGGACUGAGACGAGAACCAGCUACCACUCUCAUAGGGCUACUGCACAUGGCGAGUCAAUCCUCAUUAAAAUACAGUUCCAACAAGUGCAUGAAAGGGUUUCUGUACAGUGGAAUACAUGAUUUGUAAACUAUUUACUUCUGGGGCUACAAAGAACAUGUUUAAUAAGAAACCACAAUUUUUUCACAUCUUUUUUGAAAUGCAUAUUUGUGCUGAGUGUAAAGAAGUACAGAAUGGGCAUUACAAAUUUGAUCAAAACACUUGGUCAUUUCUAUCAUUGUACUAAUAAAAAUUCUGUACUCAUCAUCCAACUGUAUGGAAGCAUAAAUUAUUUCCUAAGUCCCUGCAGUCUCUCUUAAUAGAAAGCAAGUUUUCUUAACAUGCCAUCUCAGAAAUACUGAUGACAUUUGCCUUACUUUCAUCCUCUUCUUUCCUGUGUGAAACGGAGAUAGAUAACCAAAUACUCUAGGCAAACUGAAUAUGCCUGUCUUUGUGCUAAAAUAUUCCAUAAAUCUUAAGGGUGUCCAAAGGUUCUUUAUCGUCCCUGUUUGUAAUCACUUUCUUACUUCUAUACACUAUAUGUAUGCUUCUCUAUCUGUUACACUUCCAGGCUGAGGACUCUUCUGAGACUUUUAUAGUCUUAUCUAUUUCAAAGCUGAAGCUCUGAAAAGAUACCUAAUAUUUUUUAAAAAAUCUACUUCAUCUAUUUAAAAGAAAAUGUUACAAAGAAAGUGAAACUGAUUUUCUUCCUUUAGUACUUUUCACAUGGCAUGUCUUUGGAUAACUUUUCCUAGGGUUUGGUAGUUGUGGUUUGGUUGGGUUUCCUUUGAAAGUGGCAGUCACUUUAAUAAGAAUAAUGAACAAGGAACUGUUUUUGUCCAAUUCUGCCAUGAACGUAUAUUCCCUAGCCAGAUCUUUAAUCUUACCAGUGUGUUAUGUUUGUGAACUACAAAAUAAAGGUAGUGAUAGGUUCUACUAUAGCCCCCUUGGGGAUAUUUGGGAGUAAUGAGAGAAAAAUAUAUAGUGACAUUUUGAUUGUUAAUGCUAAUGGGAAAAAAGUGAUAUAAUAUGUAGAGAAUCCAAAUCAAUUGUCCUUCAUUUUAGAAAGCAGUUUAACAUGUAAGUGUUCAAAGACGCGAUUCAGAUAUAAACACCCCACUCUAUAGUGAAAGACUUUUCUCAUUAUGUUCCCCUGGUUUAGCUAGCAGCCAGGGAGAUGAUUGCCCUUUAGAGAGAGCUCAGACCUAUGUACCAAUCACCCGACGUGGAUUGUAUGAGUCAACGCUUUUUAGCUCUUCAGGCAAGACAUUCUUACUCCUAUCAGUUGGACCUCCAUGCCAUACAUUUCUAAGAAUUAAAUUCCUAGAUGGAUUAAAUGUAGUAUGUGAAUGUUCUGUGCAAAAGCCAAUAGAGUACAACAAGUGACUUGAAUGAUUUUUUCCUAACUUGUUUGCAACUGAUAGCUCAUAUUGAAUGUUUUUAUGUAAACUUUGUACUGUUGGGAAGAAUUACCCAAUCAGAGAUUUAUAUUUUCAUAAAUGUUACAUUUAGUUAAAUUUUGUUACGGAGUUGUUACACUAGAAAAUUAUUUCAGUCUUCAAAUACUAUACAGUCUUGUGUAUGUAUUGUUUGUAUGAAUAAAAGACAAACCACUUA